CUCCUUCAGUCGUUCGUCGUCGGCCAGACAAAGUGGAGGUAGCUAACUAGAAAACUAGAAAUCCCCAUCUACCUACGUAAGAAGAACAACUCUUCGGGGCAGGGAGAUUCAGUCUAAUCCCCAAGUCAGUUUCAAUGCGUAGCGAACGGUGGAAGGACUUCUUUAUUCACGAAUCGUGCAACGGGAUUCAGUCAUUUUCAGAUACCUGUGAAUGAGGGAUUUAGAGACGUACCAUCACCCAUCAUCGAAGUCAGUCCCAGCUUCAAGUAAACGCGUAGAAAGUGUUUGUGUGUUUUGAUUGCGAAACAGCGGACUAUGUAGUGCGUGAUUUUCGAGCUGAAAGUUGAAAAUAGGCUGUUCAGAGAGUGCAUUUAUUUUUCAUGUGAGGUUUCCAGCCAGUGGAAGGAAACCAUCAAGAAAAAACAGAGUACGACGAGAUCUGGAUUAUCCCUGCAUGGAGCAGAGAUUACUAUCCUUGAGUUAUUUUUAAGUUUGGAAGUAAGUGAUUCACCAUUCGAGGAAAGAGGAGCCUCGACGAAACGAAGUAAAUAAUCGCCACAUAUUGGUGUCUCGUGUCGAAUGGUGCAAAAUAGUGAAAGAAUUCUAAAGAAUCAAGUGCAGUGUUUUGAAGCGUUUCUACGAACACAAUCUCAACGCGAACAUCGUCAUCAUCAUCAUUGGGUUGGGUUGGUGUUGUUUUUUGCACCACAUUCAUAUGAACCUUCUUACAACCCCCUCCUCGCCAUACCGUGAUCCGUCAAUAGGCAGAACGGAGAGGAGCGUGUGGAAAGUUUUCCUCAAUCGAAAACGAAACACAAAAACAAGAGUGUAGUGAGCAAGCGAGAAGCGAACCCGCCAGCUAGGGAACGUUCAGUCAGUGGAGCCAGAGCGAGCAAAAUAAACUCGAACAGCUGAGAAACCUUGAAAAUUAAUUCGUCGGGUUGGUCGGGUCCGGGUGAGUUGUGGAAAAAAAUAACAAACGCGGAAUAAGUUGAAGAGUUGAAAAGCGAGUUUACGAAGAAUAACAAGAAGAAGAAACCCCCGGACUGGAAGAACGGAAUACAGGCAGCCUAUCGGGGGAAUCGAAUCAGAGUCGCGCAAACAUGCCGUGGUACGAUCCGUGGACCAAUGUGAUCAAGAAGAAAGUGUGUCGCUUCGUGCUGCAGCGAUACCUCGGUCAGUUCAUCGAGGAGAAGCUCAGCCUCGAUCAGCUGAAUGUAGAUUUUUACAACGGGACCGGAACGGUGUACGACGUGACGCUGUACUGCCAGGCACUAAAUGAUCUCUGCGAAGGACAGGGCUGGGGAAUCGAGGUAUUAUGCGGUCACAUCGGUGCAGUCACGGUGAACAUUCCCUACGAGGCCCCGCUGGCAAAGGACAGCUCGAUCGAAGUGACCAACCUAUCCAUCAGCCUCCGCCCGAAAGCCCGGGUCACCGAUGGCACGUCAAUGUUCGAGUCGAUGUGGUCAUCGAUGUCCAGCUCGAUGCAACUGGCACAGGAGUGCCUGCAGCGGGAAAGUGGAUGCGCCGAGUCUCCCUCGGCCGCCCCAACUAGCACAAUCGAAGGGCUGGAGAAGUUUGCACAAAUCAUCGACAACGUGUUGAACCGAAUAAAGGCCCGCUUGGUCAACACGGAAUUACGACUGGAAUACCUGCCACCGGACAGUGACUGCGGGGUUGCGCUAAUAGUCAAAAUUAAGAGCAUCGAUUACCAAAAUGAAGCCGGAAAUGAUCCAGCCGAACGGCAUGGAUCAGACACCGCCAGUGAAGACGGCACCAGUAGCCAGCACGAGCCACGAUCCAAACAAAAAUCUUUCCUCAUUUCUACACAUGCCACGCAUCACAUCAGUAUGGAGGGAAUCACAUUCUACACGGAGGAAUUCCGGAUACACAAUCCACGGCAACGACGACGACAACAACAACAACAACAACAAUCGCCCCAGCAACAAUCGGAGCCCUCCUCCUGCGCGGAUAAUCGUGGCAGUAGCGGCGCCAGUGAGCAGUUUCUUAGCACGAUGUCGGAUUUGCCGGAAUCGGUGGCGUCUGGCGGCAAUGAGUUCUAUAGUUUUACAAGCGCAUGUGAUAGUAGCAAUAGUAGACAUAAUUAUAAGCGUACAGACAGUAAGGGAAGCACCAGCGGAGCCCCCUCCGAGGUGGAUGAAGACGAAGAUGACGACUAUGUGGAAUGCAUUCGAUCAGGCGAGAUCCUGGCAGGCAAGAUCACAUCGAAGCAGGAGGUUCGGAUCAGGAUGAAACAGGCGGACAACCUGAGUGGACCGAACGUUGAGUUGGAAAUGAGUUUGGGGUGCUUGCAACUGUUUCUCUCCCCAAGGCAGUUGCAUUCAAUUGUGCUGCUGAGUGACACCAUGCUCGGACUGAAUGAGAUACCCUCGCCUUCCAAGUGUUCACCUCCCGAAUUGAUACCCAAAGAGCAGCGAUACGAGGAGACGGAAUAUGACUUGAAGCACAACAUAAAUCGCAUGAGUGGAGGAAUCGGGUUAAAUCAGGGGUGGUCACUGGCCGACCCGAUGCAGACAAUGAUUCAAGAGCAAGCUGAUUUUUUGGGCAGCAACUUCCGAGAAGACGAAGGGGUGUCGGAAAUGAUAGAGUCAUCCAACAGUUCCAUGACAAGCUCGUUCACAUCGUCUAGCAUGGGUUCUAGAACGACAUCCGCAAGUAGGAGACGGAUGAUCGACCCGGAUGCGGAUGCAGAUAUAUCAAAGUUUAAUGUAAGGGUGGCAGCAAUAGCGAUUGUGCUAUUGCAUGAAGAUUUGCUAGUGGAAAGCAGUCAAAUCAAUUCGAAUGAGUCACCGCUAAGUGAAGCGAGCGUUCAGAAGCUGCAAACAAAAUCAGAACAAUUCUUCCAUUCAAUUGGCAAUUUGGGGCUUGGCCUAGGAGCAAAUGAUAUUCUGAAUGCUGGACUUAUUAUGGAUUCUGGUUGUGAUAGCAGUCACUUACGGUUGCUACUUGCGCCAAUAAUCGUGGAGGGAGAUGAGCAACGAAAUCGACUCGGAUCAUUGUUACGGUUUACGAUUUCUGUAGCCCGAGUUGAUCUGCGUGAAGUACUGACAGACGUAUCGGUUCCCUUGCUAGAGUUCUAUCGUGAACGAAAUUCAACUGCACUGCCAAAGCGUCCGGAGCUCUCGGCAAGUUUCAAACAGACUUGCAAUGCUAUAAAAGGAUCAAGCGGAAAACGCUUCACUCCUCCACGAACGGAAAUACGUUGCUCACUUGCUCCGUUCCUAACCGAGUUUGAUAUCACUAUUCUGGAUCGGCUGAGUUCCUUAAUUUAUCAAUCUCCUUUUGCUGCCUACUACAACCAGUCCACUCCAGUUAAUUCUCCUGCAUCGCCAUCACACGCAGGAUCUAGUCGAAAAAUGGAAGCCAAAACCGAUCUAUACAUAGACUCCCCUGCCAUCGAUUUUCGGUUAAGAUUUCCAAUCCCAGACUUGAGGCCCAUCCAUGACCCUCAACGUGUUCCUUGGUGGCGUCGUAACAUUCGGUCCGACUACAUUAUGGUAAAAUUGCAGCAAGCUCAUGCCACCAUAGCCUUGAACCCGCACCCAAUUUUCGACAUCUCGGCAAACGAGAUUCAGCUUUUCUACCACGAAAGUGAUCAGAAGAGCGACUGUGUACAUAUAGGCAAAGCUGUGAUGACAGAUAAUCUGGGAAGUAGGUACAGCCCUAGUCAUGGCGGCAAACAAUCGGAACCGACCCCACCCACGGGAGUGGAAUAUCCACGAAUCGUGAUCGAAAUCCCUAGUGAAGCGGCCAUGCAAAGGCUACAGGAAGAGAGCACCAAGGCGAAAGCCAAUCCCCAGAAGCGCACCAUGACCAGCGAGGAAAGCGACAGCGAACCAACGUCGGGCGAAAGCUUCGGUGUGACAACUGGCCGAAGCAAAGAGGACACUCCUUUUAGCGCUAGGCGCGUGUGUCGCGAAAGUGACACACCGCACAUGAAAGCAUCGGCCGACGAUCCGGAAACGUUAACACUGCCCGGCGAUGCCGAAGAACUGGACGCAUUCUGUACGGCGGCGAUGAAGCUCAGCAGAAUACAGCUGCGGAUCGAUUUGCCGGUCGUGAGCUUGCAACUCAAAUCUAAACAUCUGUACGAGGUGAUCUACAACCGCAUCAGCACGGAUCUUCUGCUUUGGGCACCGAGUGCGCCAGCAGCAACGGCGGCAGCGGAAGCGAGUGCCAACCUUAGCGCUUCAAGGGUAGCGUUCCAAGAACCCCAAAUCAACCUCGCCAGCAUGGGAAUGAUGGACAGCAUCUACGCUCCGUUCACGAUGUGCCAAAGUGCAAUACAACUCGAUUCCAGCUCAUCGGCCACCAAUUCGGAGUCGGAGUCCGACUCGGAUGGGAUAUUCUAUUCGGUGUACGAUCGCAGCUGCAGACGGUUACCGGGUGAAACCGCCGGAAGCGGAGCAGGUGACCAGCGGAAGCAGCACCAUUCGGGGCACCACCACGGCGGCAAUCGGAGGCAUCAACAGCAGCACCAGCGGAACGCAUCGUUUGUCGACCGGAGCAAUGCCAUAUCGUUUCAGUUGAACAUUGGGCAAGGCAUGCUAACGAUGUUUGCACCAGUGCGGGAUGCCCAGAAACACGUGAUACCGGGACAGCUCGGCGAGUUCAUCGUGAAAAUUCAGUCAACAUACGUUUUCUCGGUGAACGGCUUCCACGGGAAUACCAAUCUUGGAUAUCUUUGCAUUCAAGGCAAAGCAGCUGACAUCUAUCAUUGUGGCCUAAUCCCAACACCAGCCAACAACCCACCCCUGCGGCUGGUGAACAGUGUACUUCCGGCGUACAUCUUGAGCACACUCUAUCCCACGCCAAGAAAUCUUACCGUGAAUGAUCAGCGCGGAUGUCCGAAGCGGGAAAUGUUCUCCCUAGCCAUACAGAUCAAAGCCCUUCCAGAGCAAAACAUCAAACGGAUUCGCCUAGCGGCUGGCAUUCAGCUGACAACGCUGCGACACCACUCCACCCUGCCGCAACAUUCGUGGCUUACGCAGCUGAUGGACAUGUUCGACGUGGUGGACUAUCCGGUGCAAGGCUACACUCCCCUUGGUGUGAUAACCGAAAUGCAUCUGCAUCUGUGGGAUUGUGCGAUCGAUUACCGGCCGCUGUAUUUCCCAUACCGGGCGGUGAUUACGAUCGGUGCAUUCAUGAUCAGCAGCAAUAUCACAACGGAGAGUUCUGGUCUGACGUUGAGGUUUAUCGCCGAGGAUGCGGCGUUAUGCCUGGCGCCACAAGUGGUCACACUGCCUAAUGUUGAGAAGGACAUGCCACAAAGGCGAAGUAGUAGUGCCAGUACAAGAGAGGAGAACAAAGUCACGGUUCUGCCUGCUAGUGAACUGGUCUGUUUGGUUGAGCUUGGGCUAUUUGAGAUUUCUCUUAGGUUGAACGAAAGAGCUACUUGUUCGUUUCCCAAAUUUGAUCUAAGAACUGCCAUCAAUGACGUUCAUGUGCGAACCUGUGCUGAUUCUGGAAGGGCAUUGGCACAGUUGAUUGGAUACCUAGCGGCUGAAGGGGAUUUGUUACCCCAAGAUGAUGGAACAAGCGAUGUUGGGGAUAAUGAGAGCGUUUGUGGUUUGCCGAUGGGGACCGAACUUGAAGGGGACUUGGUUCCUGUGAAAUCUGCCCAAGCACCAGAAGUCACGCCGAAGCAACAGCAACGAGUGAAUGUUCUAAUGGCUGAUGCGAUGGAAGAGAGUAUGUCCCUGCAAAGCACCAAUAGUGAUCUUUCCCGGGACGAUCAAUUGGUAGCAGACGGGGAAGGAGUUGAAGUAUUUUUCUUCCCCGAUGAAGAUCAGACACGGGCAGCCGCACAGAAAAAGUUGAUGAACAAUCUUAUUUCGGACAAUAGCAAUAAACGACGGUUUGCUUCGGAUGAUGAUUCACUGAGUAUAGACGAAGGAUCGAGCAUUCCUUCAUCGUACCAGGACGACGAUCAUUACCUGAAACAAAGGCAGUUUGAUGAGCAAUCCGAUGACAAUGUUAGCUACAAUACGGAUGUGCGAGAGUUACUUAAUUUCGAACGAUCGGUAAUGGGAUUGCAGAAGGAUAAUGAAGAAGACGAAGUGGUUGAAGCUCUUCCACAAGUUACAAUGGAUUUUGGAGAUGUUUCGAAGGUCGCACACAAAUUGGAUAAAAGUCCUCAGCGGAAAGUUAGCUCCGAUACGGAUGAAGAUUUCUGCUUCAUUGCGGAUGAAGAAAAGCCGCAUUGUGGAAAUCAAGAAGUACCAGUGCUGGAAGACCCGAUUCGCAUAGUUGAUAAUCAUUUCAGUGUUCCAACAGGGAAACCUGACCUUCUACUGGCCCCGAAAGGCUUCCCAAUGGCAGUCACUCGGUACACUAUCUGCGAAAUGACAGUCACUUGGCAUGUGUACGGAGGUCACGAUUUCGCUACAGAUGACGAUAAAAAGAAAUCCAAAGCGAAAAAGUCGCAUUCUGAACUGCCAUUUGCGCAUUUCCCCAUGUCCGAGGCGUACAAAAGUGGCGUGAGUUAUUCAAAGGGAUCUCCUUCUGUAUCUUUCGGCACCUCUCAAAAACUGACGUGGAAAAGUCGCGGUGGACCCGAACGAAGGCAUGACGUUAUGAUGGAGGUUCAGAUAAAUAAAGUUAAAUUCUCCCACGAGGUGUACCCAGCGAAUACGGAGCAGGCCUCCCGACAAGUACUCCUCAUAACGGAACUCGAAAUCCUCGAUCGACUGGCGAUAUCGGACAUCAAAAAGUUCCUCUAUCAAUCCAGCCUCCAUAGGCCUAUCAAAGGUAACAACCACAUGAUCGUCAUCAAAGCGCUUCACCUUCGACCAAACCCGAUUCUCCCAGCGCAGGAGUGUUGCCUCCGGAUCUCGGUUCUACCCAUUCGAUUAAACAUCGAUCAGGAUUCUCUUCUCUUCAUGGUUAACUUUUUCAACCAACUCGGAGGUGGAGAUGAUCUGAACGAUCCGGCCAUGCAAUAUCAACAAAGCACCAGUCGCCCUAGUCAUCAAGCGACACCCUCCCUCCAACCACCGGUAAUGAUGGUUGAGCUGCCGGAUGCAGCACAGGAGCUGCAAGCUCGCAAGAUGGUGUCGGAGAAUCUUAUGUUGCUGAUAGAGGAGGAAGAGAAGAACAAGGAUCAACAGGAAACAACCAGUGAAAUGGGUGACGAGGCGCCUCCGAUUUACUUCCGUAACGUAAUUUUCGGUCCGGACGUUCCCAUCCGGAUUGACUAUCACGGCAAACGAGUGGAACUAUCACGUGGUCCGCUGGCCGGGCUACUGAUGGGGCUGGGACAACUGCAGUGUUCGGAGAUCCGGCUCAAGAAGAUCUCCUACAGGCACGGACUGUUGGGCGUUGAUCGUCUGAUAUCGUUCCUGCUGCAGGAGUGGCUCCAGGAUAUCAAGAAAAAGCAGUUGCCGAAAAUCCUUGGAGGCGUUGGGCCGAUGUAUUCGCUUGUCCAGCUAUUCCAAGGCAUUUGGGAUCUGUUUUGGUUGCCGAUCGAGCAGUACCAGAAAGAUGGCCGUAUUGUGCGGGGAUUGCAACGGGGUGCACAGAGCUUCACUGCCAGAACAGCUUUGGCCGCUCUGGAGAUUACCACCAGGAUUAUUCACCUUCUGCAGAUAACGGCUGAAACGGCGUACGACAUGGUUUCGCCUGGACCAUCGGUGCGACGUUGUCGGGGUAACAAGAAAGGCAAGCGAAAACGGUUACACCCGCCACAAGAUAUACGCGAGGGGAUGACCAAUGCCAUACAGAUAGUGAGAGAGGGCAUCAGCGAUACGGCGCAUAACCUGGUGGAGCUCACCGCCCUGGAGCACGACCAAAAGGGAUACACCGGUGCCGUCGGAGCCGUCAUGCGUCAAAUACCACCCAUCGUGGUGCAGCCAAUUGUGCUGGCCACCCAGGCAACCAGCAACGUGCUCGGCGGAGUCAAGAACCAACUGGUGCCGGACGCCCGUGCCGAGGCCCGCGAGAAGUACAAGGACGAUGUGGAAUAGAAGCGCCGCCGACUGGACGCCUUCAGUCGGUCGGUUUAGAUGGAUGUUUUAUUUUAAGGAAAAGAUUGACACUAAUCUUAGAUUUUUAUGUGAUCUAAUGCAAACCCAUUAGUCUGGGUUUUAACGUUUAUGAUUUUUUUUACAAAAAUUUAAAAAAAACUCUUAAGUUGAUCUAGCGUUAGUUUGUCUUGGAACUACUUACCAGGUUUUGUAGUGAAACGAAGGAAAUAAUGUGAUAAACAGUAAUGAAAACAAUAUUUUAGAGCAGCUGAGUUGUGUGCUGACGAAUAUGUAGCUGAUGUCGCAUGCCAAUAACAUUUUUUCGGAAACAGUUUUUUUUAGACAUUUCCAUAGUUAUGCAGAAGGUAUAGCACCAACUAACUACUAAUUCGCUAAUGAUAGAUGGUAAAAACUCUCUACGAACUAAUAUUCUGAUUAAAAACGGCUUAUUCUGAUAAUACUAUUGAAAAAGACCCAUAUCUGGUCUCCUACUUUAUCGUAUUCAGAUCAAUUUAGAGCAUCCAUAUUUCUACAUUAUAAUAAGAACUUACUACAGUUAUCCCUUCAGUAACAGAAACUGAUCUGAUCGAUGAGAUAAUGAUAGAAAAUGACUUCCCGUGUGUGCCGGAAUAAUUGGAAUGUUUCUUCUUUCAGUCAUUUAUAAAAGAAUAUGGUUUUUGGAAUGAGUGAUACCAAGUGCUAGACAUUAUUUAACUGAAGGAUAAUAAUAUGGAAUGAAUGAAAAAAAUAACCGCAAGGAAUCGUUUAGUUUAAGAACUAUAUUCAAUUACGAGUACAGUUUGUUUGUAUUAAUAGAGUUGAAUAAAUUAACUCGCCAAAAAGUUUUGGCGAACUCUGAAAUCA